AAUUCGUGGGAGGGGAGUGAGAUCAAACCACGAAUACUGAAAAUUGCACGCCACGCAUCAACCGCUCAUCAACAUUUGAGCAAGCUGAAGACUGUCGCGGUGAUUGGGAGCGGUCUCAUGGGUUCUGGGAUUGCACAAACUGCUGUUCAGUAUGGAUACUCGGUCAAUUUGGUCGAUUCCAACCAAAGUGCCAUUACCAAAGCUACCUCCAAGAUUAAUAAGAAUCUUACUCGACUGGGUGAAAAGAAGUUUGCAGAGAACAAGAGUGAAGCGCAAAAAUACGUUGACUCGUGCAUGUCAAAUCUCCAUAGUUUCUCUGAUUUGGAGAAGGCAAUUUCACAGGCUGACUUGAUAAUCGAAGCUAUUGUGGAAACAAUGGAUGCAAAGCACAAAUUGUUUCGCGAGUUGGAUCAGCGUGCUCGCGCUGACUGCUACUUGGCCUCAAACACAUCAUCAUUAUCGCUGAAGGAGAUCAGUACUGUGAUUAGUCGCAAAGAACGGUUUGGUGGAUUGCACUUUUUCAAUCCCGUUCCUGUACUCAAAUUGGUCGAGGUUAUACGCACAAGCGAAACUUCAGAUGAUACAUUUCAGGUGUUGACGCAAUUUGCUGCCUCGCUUGACAAGACUCCGGUCGCUUGUCGAGACACUCCAGGUUUCAUCGUCAAUCGACUUUUGAUUCCGUAUUUGAUCGAAGCUGUCGCACUGGCAGAACGUGGUGAUGCUUCUCUUUCUGAUGUGGAUGUGAGCAUGAAACUGGGCGCCGGUUACCCGAUGGGUCCGUUCGAGUUGUCCGAUUUCAUUGGGCUAGACACGGUCAAACUUGUUAUGCGUUGUCCGCCAAUGCUGGCUCGAUUGGUUGCGGAAGGAAAGCUUGGUCGCAAGACCGGUGAAGGGUUCUUCAAAUAUGACAAUCCAUGCUGGGUUUACCCGACAAUUGACACGGCACAACAGACCGUAUUGUUUUUAGAUGGUACCACUGGUAAUGGUUCAGAUGUGUUGAUGUUCGCUCAUACUUCAUUCGACACUCAUCACAUCAUCCACCACGAUAAUGUUGCAUAG